AAUUACAAAACGAAAACAACAUCAAGUUUGGUAUUAUAAUAGCAUUAAUGUUUUUAGAUCCAACAUAUGAUCAAGUCAAAAUUGUGUCUUCAAAAGUUCAGAAACGAAUGGACAAAUGGGAUUCUAAUCUAAUUCUUCAAGGUAAAGAACCUUUAGAAAAUAAUAACGAUAUGACUAAUUAUGUUAAUAGUAAUAACAAACACGAUACACACUUUUCUGACAACCAAGAAAUUAAUUUAAAUAAUGCUGAAAAUGAAGAUUAUAAUAGUAAAAACGGAAUGGAAGAUUAUUUAAAAAAAAUCAAUGCUGAAAAUACUGAUGGUGAUGGUGAUAGUGAAAUUAUUCGUUUUAAAUGUAAUUAA